AUGGACACUUCUCAGCGCGACGAAGCCUUGAUAGUCCUCAGCGGCCUCCCGACAGCAUCAACCCAGGAAUCACAGCGCGUCCUGAGCAGAUUCCUCCUCCAGAAGCUCCAAGCGCAAGACCCAGACGACCACGCCAAGAUCUACGUUCCCGUAGAUAUCAACGGGCAUACCGUAGGCCUUGCUAUUGUGCGCUAUGCUAGUUCUGACGCGGCGGAUGCCGGUAUCAGUGCUCAUAACGGCACGGCGCUGGAUCGGAACCACACUAUGGUUGCUGAGAGGCCGGGCUCAUCGCAAGCUUUCGGGUCGACACGGGAUCGGGGUGGUAUUGAUGAGCAGCGGAUGAGAGGGGUGACUGCGUUGCAGACUGUUUGA